UGUGAAAAGCAGAGAGCAGAUCCGGCUGCAGUCCCGCACGGGACCCACGGAGUUGUCCGCUGAAAGCGCUCGGUCGCCGGUACAAGUCUUGCCUCGGUUCUCGCUGAUCGAUCAACUGAUCGGCUCCAUCCCCAGAUCAAGCGCGCUCACACACUCCCACACACGGCAGCGACAUCACCUCCCUGGCGAAGCGUGCCCAACCGGGAUCGAUCUUUUUUUUUGUAUCUGAUCGAUAAUCCCCGCGAGUGGUCGGUCCCGGCUCGCCGGGGUCAGCGAGCGCAGAGAGCGGCCACACGGGGACAGAGCGGCCGGUGUCAGAGCGCGGAGGUGCCGGUGCUGGUUGGAGGAGAGCAGAGGAGGUGGCGCUCCGGGACACUCUCUCUCUCUAUCCUCGCUCUCUUCUUCUCCUCCUGCUGGAGAUAAAUUAACGGAAAGCAGCUGUCGGUUGUUUCAGAGGCGAGGCGGCCGUCUGGCAGCUCAGGGAUCCCGUUUUUGGCUUUUUUUUUUUACUUUUCCUCCUGAUCCGAUCGGUCUUGCCGGGACACCGCUGCUCCUGCUGCAGCAGCUCCACCGCGCCCUGCACCGAGACACCGCACUGCUGCACGCCGGACACGGCGCACCACAACUCGGACGGACGCGUUGCCAGCGCCCGCGGAACCUCUCGGAUCUUUGGCGCCUUGAAAUGCAGUUUUUGGGAGAUUCGCACCGUCCGACACCACCAGCCGCCCCCACUCCCCCAGCAGCGACUCCACACGGGGCUUCCCUCUGAACCGAAUCAUCCACUUUUUUUUUUCUAUUGUUGCUUCUAUUGACUUUUGCCAUCUUUGCCGGAGAUGAUCGAGUCCUGGUUGAAAGUUGUGCGCUCCCCGGUGGAGGGCCUCUAACAGGUCCGGACAGUUCAUGUAACCCGAGGCGGGGUCAAAGAUCAGCUCUGGUUGGAAAUGUGAAAGCGAAGGGGGCAAAAGGAGGGCUGCAUUUCCCCCUCUUACCACUGUCUCUCUUUCUUUUUUCUGUUCUUUCCUUUUUUUGACAUACACACUCAGACAGCGCGCACACGCACGCGUGCACACACAGACUGGAGUUGCACUCACACACACUCGCAAACGCACACACCCCUUCCAGAUCUAAGAUUAGAUCCAACAGAUAUGUAUUCUCCGCUAUGUCUAACACAGGAUGAAUUCCAUCCUUUCAUCGAAGCCCUGCUGCCCCACGUCCGGGCCUUCGCCUACACAUGGUUCAACCUGCAGGCCCGCAAGAGGAAGUACUUCAAGAAGCACGAGAAGCGCAUGUCCAAGGAGGAAGAGCGUGCGGUGAAAGACGAGCUGCUCAGCGAGAAGCCCGAGGUCAAGCAGAAGUGGGCGUCGCGCCUCCUGGCCAAACUGCGCAAGGACAUCAGGCCCGAGUUCAGGGAAGACUUUGUGCUCACAGUGACUGGAAAGAAGCCGCCCUGCUGCGUGCUCUCCAACCCUGACCAGAAGGGCAAAAUGAGGAGGAUCGACUGCUUGCGCCAGGCGGACAAAGUGUGGCGCCUGGACCUGGUCAUGGUGAUUUUAUUCAAAGGGAUUCCCCUUGAAAGUACUGACGGGGAGCGGCUGGUUAAGUCUCCUCAGUGUUCGAAUCCCAGCCUGUGUGUGCAGCCCCAUCACAUUGGAGUUUCCGUCAAGGAGCUGGAUCUCUACCUGGCCUACUUUGUGCACGCUGAAGCCGGCCAAUCAGAAAGCCCCAACCAGGCCAGCGACUCCGACAUCAAGGAGCAGCCGGAGAACGGUCACCUGGGCUUCCAGGACAGUUUUGUGACACCAGGAGUUUUCACAGUGGCCGAGCUGGUCCGGGUCUCGCAGACUCCCAUUGCGGCCGGCACUGGUCCAAACUUCUCGCUGGCAGAACUGGACAGCUCUUCCUACUACAGCAUGAGCCCAGGAGCCAUGAGGAGACCCCUGCCCAGCACCUCCUCUUCCAGCUCGGCCAAGAGGAUAAAGUGCAUGGAGGAGGAUGUGGACAGUCCCGGCGAGGAGUCCUACUACCCGGGUCAGGGUCGGUCUCCGGGCAGCGGGAGCCAGGCCAGCAGCUGGCAUGACGUGGAGCCAGCUGGAUAUAAGCUGCGCGGCUCGCUAGCUAGCUCGUUCAUCUCCCGACAAGCAAGCCCUCACGCCCCCCCCUCCAGCCUGCACUUCUCCUCCUCCCCCAUCCUGCAGCAGCCCGGGUCCUACUUCUCUCACCCGGCCAUCAGGUAUCACCCGCAGGAGACGCUCAAGGAGUUCGUCCAGCUGGUCUGUCCUGACUCCGCCCAGCAGGCCGGACAGGUGGGCUUCCUCAACCCCAAUGGUAGCUCGCAAGGAAAGGUCCACAACCCUUUCCUGCCCACGCCGAUGCUGCCCCCGCCGCCGCCUCCCCCGAUGGCCCGUCCCGUCCCGCUGCCCGUCGAUGCCAAGCCGCCCUCCACCUCCUCCACUGAGGGCGGGGGCAACUCUCCCACCUCACCGACUUACUCCACGCCCACCACGUCUCCUGCCCAACGGUUUGUCAGCGUGGGACCGCGAGACCCCGGCUUCAACAUCCCUCAGCAGCCACAGUGGUACUUGGGAUAGACCUCCAGAGGCCCCACCCUCCUGCACCUGCAGAUCGCUGAAGCUCCCUCCUCCGACUUUGACGUCAGCUGUGACAGAGAGCCCUGUCUUGCCCCACCCCCGUGACUCCACCCCCAUCAGACUCAGCAGCAUCAGCAUGGCUACAGCGGAUCGAACACCCCCUCCCGGUGUGAAACACCCUCUUUGUAUAUUCUAGACUUCCUGCCGACAUAUGGUUUAUAUGUCCGUAUAUAGUGCCAGACCCCGCUCCUCCGCUAUGACCCCUUCUGCAGGGGACGAGCCUUCUCUCCUUUAUUCUGGAGAGCAGAAGACUGAGAGCGCCCUCUGGUGUGUGGGGGGGAGAAUCUCUCCAAUCAUCAGCGAGUCACGAGGGUUCUCGGAGGGCGUUACCUGGAGAAGAUACCACCAGUUAACACCCCCUGCCCGAUCCCCCCUCUGGGAUGGACUCCACUCAAGCCUGCCCCCUGGUGGCCAGCGCAGAACACAAAGGCUCUUUUCCAAGGACACGGACAGAGAGUCAAAGGAACUACUCGUGUGGAGGGGUCGCCAAUGCCAGGAAGUUUGUCCGGGAUGCUUCAUCGAUUAUUUUCCCGUUUUUAUUUCUCUUAGCCACCAUCUUCCUUCUCUAUCCAUCCACCAGUCUGGGCGAAGCUGCGCCAUCACGCGGGGGGCCGAGAGCGACUACCAGUGGAAUAUUGAUCCUGAGGAAAGUGCAAUUUUGUUGGCUGAAUCUUUUUGUAAGAUAGCUGGUCGGAGACAGAAAAUAUAUAUGACAUUAUAUAUAUAUUUUCUUCCUAGUCCACUCACACCUCUGGGACUCUAAAAUAUUGGGGUACAAAAGAAAAAAGCCUUGAGAGAAAUAAGGGGAGCUGUAUUCACACUCUGUUGCUAGUUAAAAAAAAAAAACCUUUAAAAGAAAACAAUCAAUACUUUUGUUUGACAAAAACAAAGCGCCUAGCGGUUAAGUUAUUGCGAAGAGCACAUGGAUUGACUUUAAAAGUACGUAGCAAUUAGAGUUCCAUCGGGCUUCAAUCAGAGGGAUUUCCCCAGUUUGUGUUGAUAAUCCUCAACGGGUCAGUCGUGGGCCGGCCCGUGGAGCGGCCGGGUCUCCUAGAGGCACCGGCCAAUCGGAAGCACUUAUUCCUGCGUGUAAUCAGGAGGGCGUCUCCGGAAGCUUUCGUCCAUCGUCGACGCUUCACAUGCAACUUUUAUUUUUUUCCUUUUCCUAUACUAUAAAUAUAUAUAUAAAUACGGUAAAUAUAUAUAUACACACACGCGCACACACACCACAGCGUCGAACAAAAGUGAAUUUAAGUGAAAAAAGUUAAAAAAAAGAACAAAAAAAAAGUGCAUGUUCUAUAGUGUUAGUGACAGAGUUUUUCAUAGACGACGUAGUUAGUGAGAUAAAGACACUAUAUUGUGAAACUCGGCACUCGCCAGCAGCCGUCUGUUAUUUUGGCCACUAGGGGGCCUCACAAACAACCAGCUCUCUUCGCUUCUCGACAUCGCUCCAUUCUUCUCGUCCGCCCUCUUUUCUUUUUCUUUUUUCCUCCAGCUGCUGAUCACUUCUGCUUCUCAUGUCGUCAUCAUCUAUCACGAGAACUGUUCCUCAUCAAUGUGCCUUGAGCUACGUUCCGGUCCCCCAAGGUUGCGCGAGAUCCCACGUGGAGACUUUUCUUCCCUCGCAGACACCGCUUUGUCGGUAACUUGAGCGACAACAUUUGAACCUUGGGAGGAACGCAGUUAUUCUCAGAAAAGCUAACUGUUUAACUCUGAAUCGUUUUCCGCUCCAUUCUGUUUUCGGGUCAGUGGUCUGAGCAUCUUUAGUGAAUGAGCAUGAGAUGGUGCGACUCGUCCCUAAGCUGUUCUUGUCAAGAGAGCAAAAGCUAAAUAAGCUAACUGAGGCCAUACAAAUAACAUUUUAAAACUUUGUUUUCAGCUUACAAACGUGAGAACUAUGAAACUGCUGCCACAAAAUGAGAAUUUUUUUUUUUUUAAAUAUGGUAUUUCAUUUUAUUUUUAAAUUAGAGUGAGAUUGUUCUGAGCUCUAAAAUGCAAAACUGAUAAAGCUGAGCUAAAAAAUGUGUUCUAACUGUCAGCACCGCAGUUAGGUUUUUCAAUCUUCACUGAAAUAUGAUGGACCAUUCAUAGCCAGUCACGUUCAUUUGUGAAUUAUCAUACUUGUUUUUCUUUAAAAAUCAAGUAAUUCAAGGGCUACACUGGCAUCAGUGAGUGCAAAAGUUAAGUUAGCUGUCUUAGCAUUAAACACUGAAUGACAUUGCUAGCUAAAACCUCUACCUGUUUAUAGCUUAAAAAAAAAAAGAUCAAACUGUUUCAAUUAGCUUUGCCAAACACGUAAAUGUUACAUUUGAUGAAUGUUGCAGAGAGCCGACACUGAGCAGUCAUAUAUGCUAGGUGGCACGCCAAUUGUUGUGCAUUAACUCAAAGUUAAAUGCAGUGAUUUAGCCAGCUAACAAGUUCAAGCAAAAGCUAAGUUAGCUAACUGUACUCUACUGAAAUGGUGCUGAAGCUACAAGAAAUACAAAGUUGCUGUAUAUAAUUACUUAAGCUAAGUAACACUAACUGCUACUCUUAAAGUCAUUAUUUUUAAUUAUUUAUUCUGAAUAUGUGUAUUGUUGUUCGUUUUAUCUGUUUCUAUGUUCACAAACCAGCGCUCAAACAGGUUUACUAACCUUGCCAAAAUAUAUUGAGUUUACGAGCAAACACACAGCUGUGUGAAUUAUAAAAAAUAACAUAUUUAAAAAUAUGUUAAUGAUCCUCAAAUUGUCUCUUUCAAGUUUUCUCGAGAAAUAGCCAGCUUUUUGAAGUAAAAAAAAAAGAAAAAAAUAAGCUACCCAAAUUUGUGUAUCAAGGAAGCUAUAUAUGAAAUCAUAACAGUUUACGGUUGCUGUAAAUUGUAUCGUUGAGCAAGCAGAGAACUUUAAUGAAAUGAUACCAGUGGCUAAACUUGGAAUUUUAUUCCAUGGUAGCAUUCGCAAGAAACAUCGAAUACGACGCGGUACAUAGCAGCCCACUUGUCCUCGUCUGACAUAUGCUUGGCAAACAACCAAAAAUGGUCUUUUGUUAAUACAAAUAUUGGAUGUGUGGCACAAAGUGCCAUUGAACACUUCAUUUGAUGCUCCAUUUUUUCAUUAUUAUUAUUAUAUUUUUUAAUUAAAUCCAAUUGCAACUGUUGAAUGUGACGUCAUUGCCCAGACACAUUCUACAAACGGUACCGCCGCCGGUAAGGCUCUGGAGGUAUCACAUCAGAAAAUGGUGAGACACUGGAGCCAUUAAAUUCUAGUUUAGACGUUAGAUUGUGGCUGAUGUAAAAAUGAAUCUCUUCCUUGGAAGCAUGUUUACAAAUAUUAAAACACAAGAAACACCCAAUAUAUUUGCCUACGAAAUGUAGGUGCUCGGCAGCAUCUCAGAACAAUGCUCCCCCACAGUUGCUGUUGUUAGCAGCCACGAAGGUUGUUGGUUUCAUACCAUUUGUUUUCACGUGAACAAAUAAUUUCAGUUGAAAUCAGGUGAAACUCUCCAAUCUCAUGCUCGAUCACUAAACAGACAACGUUCUUCACUCUGGUGCUCCGAAGAGUCUUUCUUCAUUUCCCGAUCAUCGUGUUACUUUUUCUUCCCAGAAACAAGGAGGACGUACAAAUAUGCAAUACCUGCUUGCACUCGCGUGGAAUCUGUCUUGUGUCGUCUUUUGUUUUUUUUUUUUGUUUUUUUUUUUUUGUUUCUUACGUUCAACCAAAGUUGGUGUGCACGUGACUGGCGUCGCGCUCCGUGGUCGGUCCCUAAAAAUGAUGAAGCCAGCCCCGCUGUGAUGUUCUUGCCGAGCUGAGCCGCCGUCACCCGGGGGAGGGACACCUCCGCCGGCCGGCCACAGUUUUGCAUUUUUCCUUCAGACAAUUCUUGAAUUUGUAUCUCUCGGGUCACGAGCAAGCCUUAACCAAGUCCGACUACUUCUCCAUCGCACACGAGAUUUUAACGUCCAACAGCAGAUGUUUCAGUUCUAACUGGUGUCAGACUGUGAUGGUUUAGUCGUUCCACUUGUGCGUGUUCGUUUGGUCUCCCUUUAGCUGGGCAUUACUCCCCUGAAUAUCUGCACUAAAUAUGAAACUGAGAAAAAGAAAAAAAAAAACAGCUUCCUGUGCUUAAAAAAAAAAAGAGCGAAGGGAAUAAAAGGAAAAAAUUGCACGGACAUUUUGUAAAAGUGUCACAAAGCCGCGCUUCUAAUCAGCGACGGCGCGGCUCUGACAAAAUUGCACCCUUUUUAACGAAAGACAAAAAAGACUCUCAAAGCAAUAGUUGGGCAGUGUGUGUUCUUAUUUUGUGUCGUGUGUCGUUUAGUUGUGGUACAGCAGCGAAGAGAGUUUAGCGAGGUGGGAGGCGGCGGCAGGCCGGGAGUUUGUAUAGUUUUAUUAAUUACACUGAUUUGACGCUGCCCUAUUUUGUAACGCAGGACUUUUGUAACGUUGAUUAAACGAGGACAAACUAGUGUUGUGAAUUUUCUGAUUGUCGUAUCGAGGCCACAUGACUAGAACUGGUUUGUUUUCCCGGGAACUGGACUUAAGUUGAAAACUUUCCUGUUUCCACACUCUCUUGAUUUGCUCUCCCUCUUUUGUAUUUAAGGACUCUUCUGUCGAUGGGAUGGCAUGUUCCUGUACUUGAGAAGUAUAGGGGGCGCUGUGGCGAUAAGACCAUUGUAAAUGGAUGUUCUAGUAUGCUGUAUGUUUGAAGGUUCUUUGUUGCAUCAGUGUUGAAGCUAAAUUUAGGUCAUUCUGAGGAAAGACAAGCGAGCGGUUUUGUUUCUGAAGAUGUUAGUUGUAGGCAGGAGACGAGGACUUAGCCAGCCCAAGGAUGCCGCGACUAUAACUGCAUCAGGCAUCUUUUUGUGUUCACCAUUCCAUGCAGGAAAAUAAACAGCUUGAUUAUGCAACAUGA